GGGAGACCCACUUGUGUAUAGAACAUGUUUGUUUUCUCCAGUGUUGCCUAUAUAAUCCUACUCCGAAUUUCCUAUAAUCGAAAUGCAAUGCACAAACCAUUUUUCCUUAACACGCUCGUAAAAGGAAAUCAGCUUAGCUAUGCCUUAUCCAAUAACCUUAGCCGCACCAUCAUCAUCAACAAUAUUCCCCUCCGUCAUCACGCCAGAUUGUGGUCCAGCCUUAUCCCUAGCUCCGCCCAAGGUGGGCUCGGUUCUGAAACUGUCUCACUUGAAGAGCCCGAAGCACACAAAUCUGGUCCUAAUUUGGAGCCCUUCGCUCUCGUACACUUGAUCCGAGAAUGUGCCAAUUUGGGUUGGUUUAUGUACGUCGAGCAGCUUCAUUGUCAUGUUCUGAAAUCUGGCUGGGCUUCCGACGUAUAUGUUUCUAGUGCCAUGAUUAGUCUAUAUGUGAAGUUUGAGGCUAUCAUUGAUGCUCACAGAGUGUUCGUUGAAAUUCCUGAACCAAGUAUAGUUUCUUGGAAUACUUUGAUUUCUGGCUACGCCCGUUAUGGGAAGCCUAGUAAUGCUCUGAGCUUGUUCUUUGAGCUAGAAAGGUCUGGACUUUGUGCGGAUUCUUAUACGUUUACACCUGCUUUAUCCGCUUGCGGGCAGUUGAGUUUGCUUCAUUUUGGAGAGUCUAUACAUUCCAAGAUCGUGAGGCUUGGUAUGCAUUGUAGUGUAGUUGUUGGAAACUCUUUGAUUGACAUGUAUGGAAAAUGUGGAUACCCUAAGGGAUCAAUUAGGGUGUUCAAUGGUAUGAUCGAUAAGGACACAAUUUCCUGGAAUUCAGUUAUAGCAGCAAAUGCUCGAAAUAGGAGGCUUGAACUAGCCUUCGGUUUUCUACACCAAAUGCCACAUCCGGAUUCAAUUACCUAUAAUGAACUAAUAAGUGGAAUUGCUCAGUUUGGUGAGAUUGAAGACGCAAUUGCUCUAUUGUCAAGAAUGCCCCACCCGAACUCAUCUUCAUGGAAUUCUAUUGUAACAUGCUAUGUAAACAGAGGCAGGGGAGACCAAGCUCUAGAGUUUUUUUCUAAAAUGCACUUUAGUGGCAUGAGGAUGGACCAAUUCACAUUUUCAAGCAUUUUAAGUGGUACUGCUGGUGUUGCAGAUAUCACAUGGGGAAGAUUGAUCCAUUGUUGUACAGUGAAGAAUGGGUUGAAUAAAAGUGUAGUUGUUGGGAGUGCUCUUGUUGAUAUGUAUUCUAAAUGUGGGGAUGUGAAUAAGGCUGAGGUUCUGUUUGAGACUCUCCCUAGUAAGAAUUUGGUGACUUGUAAUGCUAUGAUAUCUGGAUAUGCCAAUAAUGGUGACUCAAACAAGGUACUUCGUCUAUUCGAGCAAAUGAAAAAGACCUUAGAUUUACAGCCAGAUGGAAUCACUUUCCUCAAUAUCUUGUCUGCUUGUUGGCACAACAAGGUACCUAUGGAGGUUGCAAAGAAGUACUUUGAGUCAAUGGUGAAGGACUACGGGAUCGCUCCCACAGCCGAGCACUGUUCAUCUAUGAUUAGGCUCAUGGGGAGGGAAGGAGUGGUGGAAGGUGGUGAGAAUAUGAUCAAAGAGAUGGGAUUUGAGAAAUGUGCAUUAGUUUGGAGAGCUCUAUUAGGAGCUUGUGUGACUUGUGGGGAUAUAAAAGUUGCAGAAGUGGCAGCUGAAAAGGUGAUAGGGUUGGAAGGUGAGAGUGAUUAUGUUUAUGUAUUGAUGUCAAAUGUUUAUGCUUCUUAUAAAAAGUGGAAAGACGUCAAGGGAAUGAGGAUGUUGAUGAAAGGGAGACAGGUAACUAAAGGGUGUGGUCAUAGUUGGAUUGAGUCAUUGAGGUAUAAAAAUGUUUUUUAAACUCCGUGUAUAUCCACUGUCUAUUAUUGGCAACUUUACUAGUUUAUCCCCAUCUUGCAACAGUAGCCCAUGAUGGGAAAGAGAUGUUUACAUUCAGAAGAAUUUACCAUCUAAAAUCAGAUCCACCAGCAUCUUUCAAGUUCAAUGUGCAAUGGAAUUUGAUACCAAGUGCAUAAACUGCAUAUUAUCCUAGACCUAAAACACUAAAUCCUUCCACAUAAUAGCAACACAUGGGGGAGUGGCUAAACAAUGGAUGGUGUGCUCUCCUUCCUAGAGAGGCCUAGGAGAUGGGGAUCUGGGAAGCUCUUAUUCAGGCUAAGGACAAAGUUUGUGAAAAAUUCGAUAUUAAAUGUGACUCUUUGUCGGCCAUUGUUGGGAUCGGGCAUGGUGCGGAUCAUCUGAUUUUGGCAAGAACGUGUGGGCUAAUAUUCCCAAUACUCUGUCGAAUGUCUCGUUGUCACGGUGGUCUUCGUUGUAAAACCCAAUCUUGAUGUCAGCUGAGGGGUAGUAAUGUUCCUCCGUGAAGUUCAGUCGAGGGGUACACGUGAUGGAAUGCCCUUCCCUCAGAACAUCUCCAGCCAAAUAUUAUAUGUAGUAACUUGUAAAAGUACGGUAACUGGACUUUGUCGAGAAAGCUGGAUAGAAGAUGCCAAAGAAAUUUUACGAAAAUGGAGGAAAAUGGUUGCAUGUCAGAUAUGGUGUACAGCGUACUCAUUUGCGGGUUAGUGAAAACGGACGGCAUUGUGAUACUGUAUUACUUUUGGGGGAAAUGAAAAAACUUGGACCCUCACCUGAUAGAUGAACAUGUCAGAUUAUACUCGAGACAAUCUUGCCAAAUGGACCAGAUUUUCUUCUGAUGCAUAUGCUUAUGAAUAUACAAGAAAAUGACAAAAAGUCGUGAUUCUAAACCUUCUCCUAGAAAGGAUUGUAUUUUAUUUGUUUUUGUGCCUAUGUUCGUAUUGAAUGGUAAAUCCUAAUAAUUUACUAAUAACAAAAUAAAAACGAGACCCACAAAUGUUAAAUUUAGCGGAAACAACCCUAUUUGUGUGACUUGUUCUUUAUAGUCCUUUGGGCAUAGCUUUCAAUCAACCUCCAUGAUCUGAUCUGUA